GGAGCACGCAGCGCGGCGAUCGGCAGUGCGCUGUGUCCCUCGGACAUGGGAUCACCGAUCCAUGGAAAGAGCCGAAGAUGUCGGCUCGGUCAUGUGAUCAGCUGUGUCCAAACAGAGCUGAUCACAUGGGACAUGUACACUGAUCAUCAGAGCACUGAUGAUCAGUGUGCCCUGAUGAUCUGUGUAGCCCCAGAAGCGCCACCUGUCAGUGUCCUUCAGUGCCAGCUCUCAGUGCUCAUCCGUGCCACCUGCCAGUGCCCAUCAGUGCCACAUUUCAGUGCCCAUCAGUGCCACAUCAAUGCCACAUAUCAGUGCCCAUCUGAGCUGCCUUUCAGUGUCACCCAUCAGUGCCAGUCAGUGCCACCUAUCAAUGCCAGUCAGUGCCACCUAUCAGUGCUGCCAAUCAGUGCCACCUAUCAGUGCCAGUCAGUGCCGCCUAUCAGUGUGCAUCAGUGCCACCUAUCAGUG